UAAAAAAGAGUCAAUUUCUAUUAUAGGAACCAUUCCAUACAUAGACAGAGAGAAAGAAAGUUAUAUAUAAGAUUUUCAGGUGGAGAGAUGCCAAAUUUUUGGCAAAUAUUCACUUAUGGUCAGAAAAGAACAAAAAAUUUGCAUUGCAACAACCCAAAUGAGUGCUAACCACUAUUGAAACUUUGAGGUUGAUUUCUUUUCUCUUCCUUCCAAUUUUCUCCUAUUGAUGACAACUGUUGAUGUUGAAUUAUUUAAUACUAAUUUUAAUUAGUCAACUCAAUAGAGGCCUCAAAAGGUUGUUGAUUGAUGAUCUUGGGCUAGAAGGGUAGUAUUUGGAGGGAAAAAAAAAUCUGGUUUGGUUAUGGGAGAUAGAAUAUGCAGCCUGUUUCUGCGUAAGUUGAUUGAGCAGCCAAUGAAGACCGGGGCUCCGGUGAGAGUUUCCUUGAUCUUCUUCCUUGUUCUCUUGAUUGGUGCCUUUGUUUGCCUCCAUUGGAUUGAUGUUGUGCCUUCCCCUAAUACAGGCAUUUCAUUACAAAAGAUGUUUCUACCCUCCAUAACCUCCAUCACAUCUCCGAUUGGAAUCAACUGUUCCAUCACAUGCCCGGAAAAUUCUCCAGUUACCGUCAAAGAUGACGAAUCAUUAUCAUCCAAGGCAUGUCCAGAGUACUUUCAGUGGAUCCAACAAGACCUAAAUCCAUGGAAGGAAAAAGGAAUCACCAAACAAAUGGUGGAAAGCGUUGAAAGCAAAGCACAUAUGAGAAUAGUGGUAGUGAAUGGAAGAGUUUAUGUGAAGAAGUUGAGGUGGGUGUACCAAACAAGAGAUGUGUACACUGUGUGGGGCAUAUUGCAACUGUUGAGAUUGUAUCCUGGUAAGUUACCAGACUUGGAUUUCAUGUUUGAGUGUGGAGACAAACCGGUGAUCCUAAAAAGUGACUAUGGUGGAUCAAAAGCCAAGAAAGUGCCCCCAAUGCUUCAUUACUGUGGAAGUAAUUCAACUUUGGACAUUGUUUUUCCUGAUUGGUCCUUUUGGGGUUGGCCAGAGUUGAAGAUAAAGCCAUGGAAAACCUUUAAGAAGGAUCUAGAAGAAGGCAACCAGAGAGUGAAGUGGAUUGACAGGAUACCCUAUGCUUAUUGGAAAGGGAACUCAAGAGUUAGUUCAGUUAGAAAAGGGCUUCACAAAUGCAAUGUCACUCACAAACAGGAUUGGGGUGCACUGAUUUAUGAGCUGGAUUGGAAAUUUACACGUGAAGAGAAAUUUAAGAAUACGGAUUUAGCAAACCAAUGCACUCAUAGAUACAAGAUUUAUGUUGAGGGAGCUGCAUGGUCUGUAAGUGAAAAAUAUAUUCUAGCAUGUGAUUCUAUGAGUUUACUAGUAACACCCCAUUACUAUGAUUUCUUCACAAGAAGUUUAUUACCCUCAAUCCACUACUGGCCAAUCAACGAGAAUGACAUGUGCAAAUCUAUCAAGUUUGCAGUUGACUGGGGAAACAAACACCCACAAAAGGCUCAGGAGAUUGGAAAGGCAGGGAGCAAGUUCGUUCAAGAGGAGCUAAACAUGAAGAAUGUAUAUGACUACAUGUUUCAUUUGCUAUAUGAAUAUGGAAAACUGCUAAAAUACAAACCGACUGUACCUGAUGGAUCAAUCGAAGUGUGCUCGGAAACAAUGGCGUGUUCUGGAAAAGGGUUGAGGAAGAAGUUCAAGAUUAACUCCAUGGUGAAGGGUCCAGCGGAUACGAGCCCAUGCACCAUGCCUCCACCCUAUGAUCCCACUACUCUUCAAUCUUUUCUUCAAAGGAAAGAAAACCUAACAAAGCAAGUGGAGAGGUGGAGGAAAAGUGAGAAAAUGUAAUUAGAAGAGAGAAAUUUGGAAGAUGUGAAGAAGUAGCUAGGUUACAAUAAUUUCUUAUAUAGCUUUUAAUAUUUAUAAUUUAACUUCCUAAGACAAAGGAUGUUAAAUUGUCUUGUCCUUUUACAUUUUUCAAAUGCCUUUGUCAAAUUUUGCCAAAACUAUCAUUUUAUAUGUUUCUAAGGGUAGGUACUGGCUCAGUGACAUCUCAGUCCAUUUAGCGUAGCCCAUAUAGAAUAUUAAUCAACAAAUAAUCGAA